CAAAAGGGGUUUUUAACGCUUGUUAUGACGCAACGUCACAUAAACUUUUCGGUCAAAUUCUAUUGGCUCAAUCCAUCUCCAUAUGUAAACAUAAUGAUGACGAAAAUCGACCUGUUCAUUUCAAAAUUGGCCCCCUGGAAUAUUGA